AUGGCGCUGUCAAAUGUAAAAAUAAAUCCGGGUGGUUCUAGUAGUUUACCUUGGUGUUAUAAUAUCAAAAUGGAAAAAGAGGUUUGCAAUGUGCCACAAUGUGCACCUAGACUAUGGUUCUAUAUUGCUGCCGUUAUGAUCUCCUUGACUGCACUAUUAUUGCUUACUCUAUUUUGUUAUUGGUGCAAAAAAUACAAAAGGAACAGCAAUACUGAUAAUAUACAAAAUAUAAAUUUGCCUAAUGUUGAUAAGAACAUUUAUGGAAAUUCACGGUUAAACUCGCCUAUUGAAAUGAGCUCUUUAUUGACUGCUGUUAAUACGCCACCAGGUAAUUAAUCCUAUAGGACGAAGCACAGUGAAUCGAGUAUCACAAUAUAUUUGCAAGAUGUCAAGUUUAUUGAAGAAUUAGAAGGAGCAUUUGGCAAAGUAUACAAGGGAGAAUUAUCCAAGCAUGAUGGCACAAAAUUAUUUGUGGCAGUAAAGGCUUUAAAAGAGAACGCUUCUGUUAAGACGCAAACAGAUUUUCGAAGAGAAAUUGAUCUCAUAACAGACUUACGUCAUGACAAUAUUGUGUGUAUUUUAGGAGUGGUAUUAAAACAAGAACCUUUAUGUAUGUUAUUUGAAUAUAUGACUCAAGGCGAUUUGCAUGAGUUUUUGAUAGCUAACUCACCAAACGAAGGCAAAAGUUUAUCUUCUGUGCAGUUUAUACAGAUUGCAAUGCAAAUUGCAAAUGGAAUGGAAUAUCUUGCAGGACAUCAUUAUGUACACAGGGAUUUGGCAGCUCGAAACUGUUUAGUGGGUGAUAACUUAUCUGUAAAAAUUUCAGAUUUUGGUUUGUCACGAGAUAUCUAUAGUUCAGAUUAUUAUAGAGUACAGUCCAAAUCGUUAUUGCCUGUCCGAUGGAUGCCACCUGAAUCAAUUUUGUAUGGCAAAUUUACAACAGAGAGUGAUGUAUGGUCAUAUGGUGUUGUGUUAUGGGAAAUUUACAGCUAUGGCUUACAACCCUAUUAUGGAUAUAGUAAUCAAGAAGUAAUCAACAUGGUUAGGGCGAGGCAAUUAUUACCUUGUCCAGACAAUUGUCCAACUUUAGCUUAUAGCUUAAUGGUUGAAUGUUGGCAUGAGCAAGCAGUAAGGAGGCCAGGAUUUGCUGAAAUUGGGCACAGACUCAAAUUAUGGCAUCAGACACAACGUAGGGGUUGAUUAAUUGGCGUUCUUCAGCAAUAGUAUAAAUAAAGUUGGAUGCAUAAUUUGGCAUUUUUUAGAUCAUAAAAGAUAGUAAGUAUGCCUGAACAUUUUUUUUAUAUAAAUGUUAUUUGCGAAUUCGAAAUGCAAACUGGGUUUGCUAUUGAAAUUUAUUGUUAACAAUAUUUAAUGA